CAGGGCUAACCGAUUAAAAAGCCCGCAUGCGCAGGUGAUCUCGUAAAUAAAAACACGAUUUGGAAAAAAAGAGGAAAAUGAGCUGAUAAAGUCUGCGGGUUUGGCCGGGACGGCGCGCUGCCGGGUGUUUGAGUGGCUGAGGUCUGAAAGCGUGUCCCAGAAUGUGGUUUAAUCAGUUGGUCGGCUGCGCUGUAUGAGCGAGGUUGCCAUGGAAAUUGUGUUUGAGAAGACGGUGGGGAACGAGGUUGAUGCUGAACUGGAGCUACAGCAAGUUGUUAACACUAUUACUCAACGGACUCAAGGCACCUGUAUUGUUCCAAAGCAUUACAACCUUCAAGAGGAUUCCAGUGAGGAGGAUGAUCUCAACCCAGGACACGUUCUUCAUGAAGGCUCUGGAGAUUGUAUGUGCUGUGUGUGUGGUGAAACUUUUGCUUUCCUCAACAACCUUAUUGAGCACUUCAGUGUGCACAAAGAUGAGGUGCGCUGCCACUUGUGUCAGGUGACGUUCGCUCGCGUAAUCUCACUGGCUUUGCACCUGGAAAAUGCCCAUCCUAAGUACCAUCUUUACUGUAAAAGCUGCAAAAUCAGUUUUCGUAAUACGUGGCAUAUGAACCAACACAUGGAAAAACAUCUCGAAAUGUUUCAAAACUGCAAAGUUGAGGAACCUGAUGACCUGAUGUCACCUUGCUCAAUGAAACAGAAGUCUGUGGAUGAGGAUGUGGAGGAGGUUGUAAUUGAGAAAGAGGAGGUGGAAGUAAAGUACCUGAAGGAGGAGGAGGAGGAAGAGAGGGAGGUUGUAUUGAGAAAGAUGGAGGAGACAAAGGAAAAUGACAGUGAAGCUAACCUUUGGGAGUGUGCACCCAUUGAGGAGGAUAUAAUAAAGGAAGAAGAUGAGGAAAAUAUUGAGAUCAAGGAGGAAAGUGACUCUUCUCUCUUAGACGAUUCAGUAUACUCCCCUGCGAAGGAUCUGAACUCGGAUUCAGAUACAGAUACAGUAUUUUGCAUGUCCUCAGACAGCAAUAGUGAUGUCCCAGUGAAUGGUUUGCCAAGGUUACUUCGCAAAUCAAAAGGUUUAAGGACCAGGAGCAUCCAACAGAGGCAAACUUGUACAAACACUAAUGAGAAGCCAAGAGAGAUGAAGGAAACCAGCACCACAAAGACCACAGACGAGGAUCAAAUCGUGUACACAAUCUUUAGGGAUCAUAAUUACUUUUGCACACAAAGCCUCGGAAAUCCCAGUGGUUCAGAUCAAGCACCUGCAUACAACACUCGCAGUUCCACCAGGUUAAAUACAGACAAUGCUAAAAACAUUAACAGUGAAACUUUACAUGCAUUUAAUAAUAACGAAAACACUAUGGACUCUAAGGAUGACCAGCAGGAGAAGGUUGAGGUUGUGGUGCUUCACACUGUGCCACGGAGAGAGGGCACGAAUCAUAAAGGCAGAGCCAUAUUGCAGGCAACAUAUGAAAAGGUGUUCAAAAUCCAAAAGCUGGGGGAUAAGCCCAGUAACACAGAACAAGAACCCCCUCACAAGUCUUCACUGUCUUCCUCUGCCUCAGCUGCAUUGGAGCCGGUGCAGCUGGAGCUUGACAUCAAGGUGGAGGAUGACAGUGAGGAUAACCUUUGGGAGUGUGCGCCCAUUGAGGAGGAUAUAAUUAAGGAAGAGGAUGAGGAAAAUAUUGAGAUCAAGGAAGAAAGUGACUCUUCACUUCUAGACGAUUCAGUAUACUCCCCGGAGAAGGAUCUGAACUCAGAUUCAGAUUCAGAUACAGCAUCUUGCAUGACCUCAGACAACAACGUCAAUGUCCCAGCGAAUAGUUUGCAAAGAUUACUUCGCAAAUCAAAAGGUUUAAGGACCAGGAAUGUCCAACAGAGACAAACUUGUACAAACACUAAUGAGAAGCCAGUCAGUUCUGUAGAAGUCAUUGCAGGUCCUGAACUUGGCUCAUCUAAUGAGAAACUACUCAGUUCUGGAAAAGUCAGUACAGGUCCUGAACCCAACACAUCUACUGAGAAACCACUCAGUUCUGUAAAACUCCUUGCAGGUCCAGAACCCAGCUCAAUUAAAGGCCCUCAGAUUUGCAGUUCCUGUGGCCUUAGCAAAGUUGCUAGCAUGGAAAAUCUCAUGGAGCGGUGCAAGUGCAUGCCUCUGUUCACAUGUUACAUGUGCGGUGUAACAUGUGGGAGUGAUCAGUUGCUGCAGAAACAUCAGGCUGAGAACCACCCCUUAACCAAGUAUGUCUGCUCAACCUGCCUCUUAGUGUUUCCCAACCAGACCUCUUUCACAAAGCAUGCUUGUUGUACCAGGGUUCCCAGUGGUCAGAUCCCUACACCGGCCAAGAUUGCAAACACUGUCAAAAGUCCCUCUACAAUGAUUCUAAAAUUUGUGCCUUCACCUGCUGUUGGAGUGUCUUCUAAGCAACCGCUCAACAAUGGCUGUAGUCAGGCCAUUCCCUCCCUGAACGUCAUCUACUCCAACAACCUCAUUAACGUUGUUGACGGAUCUCAGAAACAUGGCACAAUGUCUGCUUCCACGAUACCCAUGUUGCCCAACAAUCCAUCCUCUACCCAAGUUAGUGCCACUAUGACAUUAAACAGUGACCAGAAGGUGACGAGUUUGGUUUUUAAUGGGCAGGACCCUGCAACUUCUUUAACUACUUCUACUCAGGCAAAGACUGGACCAGUGCAGGUGUUGAUCCCAGCUUCCUCUUCAGCCAGCAUGAAGCCAACAGAAGUUGUUUUACAAGGUGUUGUCCUGCCUCAGCAGCGCCCGGUUCGUGUCCCUGUCUGUACAUCCCUACCUGUAUCUCUCCCGGCCCCAGCAUCUAUUCAGUCCAAGGUCGCUCUCCGUAUCCCCACAUAUCCCACUACUUCCACAAAAGUUACUGUAUCUUUCUCCCCUACGCCUGUCCAGUUUCCUACACCCAUGCUUGUUUCGACUAGCAGUAUGAAGACACUACCUUCUUCAAGCCAGCGACUUCCAGGAAAUGUCAGACCUGUCACAGUCCCUUUAACACAGUCUGUUCCUGCUCCUGUCUCUAGUGCAGCAUCCACCCAAGCCCAUUUCAUGGCCCCCGUUCAAUCCAGCAUUAACCUUGAGGGUUCUUGCAGCGCCUCUUCCCCAGUCCAACUUCCCCUACCUUCUGAAAACCACCUAAAGAUAGUUGCCAUGUUUGUUAAUCAAAGCCAGGAGCUGGCCCUUCAGAAGCGCCUGCGGCAGAGCUGGCACUCCAAGACCAUCUUCCCGUGCCGCCACUGCGGUGCCAUUGCCAGGCAGCCUUCACUGGGCAUCCGGCACCGCUAUCAGCACCGCGGGCCACGCUUGCAUAGGUGCCAGUGUGGAAGGACCUUCCAGCGGCAGCUGCAUUUGCUACGACAUCAGGUGCAGCACGCUGAAGCCAUGCGGUAUGUGUGUGCAGCUUGCGGACAGACAUUCCAAGGGACUCAUCAUUUGGCCUCCCACAAGCAGAAGGUGCUCUUUAGGUUUAGGCCAUCAAACAUGAAAAAGGGUACCAGACGAGAAUGCAGAAAUGUGUUUCACUGUGACUGUGGACAGGCUUUUGCAAGAUCUUCUGCCUUACUGUGGCAUAUGCUUAAAAACUCCAAAUCCUGCAAACGCUUAAAAAAAAUUGUUGCUGAUUUAGCCACCUAGCUAAACAGGGAUUUUCAGGGACGUUUAUAUAGUAAAAGGACAUUAAAAGUAGUGAAAGACUUACUGAGCACUGCACUGUUUUUUUUCUGUUGGAUUAAGACUAACUAGGCAUUUUGGUUUGGAGAGUUAAUGCUGUGAUAUAGAGACUUAGGUUUGUAUGAUCAUAUUGGUGGUGGGUCUGACUCAUGUAUUACUCUGAAAUUAAAACAGAUUGAUUUUUAAACAAAA